AUGUGGCUAAGGGAACAUUCAUGGGAAUUCUUAGUUUUCUUGAUCAUUAUAGCUGUUGGAGUUAACCUAAAUCAUACAACGGCAAGUUCACACCGGAUAUUAGUCGAUACAGAUCUAGAUACAGACGACUUCUUUGCACUUCUUUACCUUUUGAAGCUCAACAAAUCAGAGUUUGAUAUCAAGGCAGUGACAAUCAACACAAAUUCAUGGACAAAUGUUGGUCAUGCUUUGAAUCACCUAUACGAUUUACUUUUCAUGAUGGGUCGUGACGAUAUUCAUGUGGGAGCUGGAGGUGAAGAUGGAAUUUCAGAAGAUGGUACCAUAUUUGCAAAUGUUGGAGGAUAUCUACCUAUCAUCGAGCAGGGAAUAAUGACAACAGGAUAUUGUCGAUAUAGACAAGCCAUUCCGCUUGGGCAAAGAGGACGAUUGGAUAUUGACUCUAACUAUGGACUUCGUAAAUCUUUUCUUCCACAGGGAUCUUGCUUUUAA